AUGUUUGAACCAACAACACCCUUAAUAAAUAAUGAUUCAUUUAAUCAACAACAACAAAAUUUUCAAAAUUCUCCAAAUAAAUCCAAGAUUCAAAAUAAAUUAUUAAAUUUAAAAUUAAAAAGAAUAAAUGAAUUAAAUAAUAGAUUAAAAGAUACUUUAACAAAAGAUCGUAUUUAUGCUUCAAAUGCUUCUUAUUCAAUUAUUGAUUAUACUCAAUCAACAAAAGAUUUUACAUUACCAGAAAUUUGGGGUAAUUUACAACCAGGUGAAAAUCCUUUUAGAAAUAAUAAAUUUCAACAAUUAAAAAAUCCAAAUAGUAAUGGUGGUAAUCAAGAUGGUUGUUGUACUAUAAUGUAA